AGAAGAGGAGGAGUCAUAACAGGAAUAUCCUAAGUUGGAGCUAGAAGGUCUGGAGCAGGCAGUUUUGCGCCCCUGUUGUUCCUAAUGCGUCCAGUAGGGGGAGACUGUACAGUAUAAAUCAGUGCAGAUUUAAUAACGGACCAAAUCUAAAAGCGACACGAAUAAGGAGGUAUGUUAAAUAAUCUGCUCAGGUUUUUGUUGUUCUUUCUGGGUGGGCCGUGUAUCUGCCUGUUCCAGGUCUACACCCUCUCCAUUUAGUGGAGCCACGUGUGUGUGAGACGCAGCUCAAGCGCCACUCAGCCUUGUCCAUGUGGUGAGAGGAUUUGAUUUGAAAGGAGGAAUGAUAGACAGUAAUCGCUUCUCUUCUACACCAGGCUCCUAGGACUCGACUAAACAAUGGAGACUCAAGAGGGAACACCUAGAGACAGUUGGCAUUUUGUAGGAAUUAUUUUCUUUAUCCUUGGACUGGGGACACUACUGCCCUGGAAUUUUUUCAUGACUGCUUCAUUGUACUUCAAUAACAGGCUGAACACGUCUGAAUGGAGCAAUGGCACAAUGACGUCCACAAAGGAAUAUUAUUUCAACAACUGGAUGACUCUGCUUUCCCAGCUGCCCCUGCUGCUCUUCACCCUUCUCAACUCCAUCCUCUACCCACGGAUCUCCGAGAAGAUCCGGAUAGCAGGUAGCCAGGUCUUCAUCCUCAUCCUCUUCAUCUUCACCGCCAUCCUGGUCAAGGUUCCAAUGGUGCAGGACCGCUUCUUCUCCAUCACCAUGGCAACCAUCUGGUUCAUAAAUUCAUUUGGCGCAGUGCUGCAGGGGAGCCUUUUCGGCCUGGUAGGCUUGCUACCGCAGAAAUACAGCACAUUUUUCAUGAGUGGACAAGGUCUGGCCGGGGCGUUCGCCGCUCUCGCCAUGCUGAUGGCCAUCGCAAGUGACACAAAUGCUGAAACUGCAGCUCUUGGAUAUUUCAUCACUCCGUGUGUGGGGACUCUGGUAACACUGAUCAGCUACCUGCUGCUGCCCAAACUGGAGUUUGCCAGAUUUUACCUCAACAAGAGCAAAGGUCAAAGCUAUGAGGUUGAUGCUUCUAGGGAGCUUCUACCUAAAGGCGUACAGGAGAAUGGGGAACCUAACAGUCAGGCCACUGAUUCGGUGCCCAAUGGAUCUCCCUGCAGUCCGGUGAUUGACGUUGCCAGGCAAGCAUUUGUUAGCGUUGACACUGAGCAUGACAAGCAAGUAAAGAGCUCCGUGUUGGAAGUGUUAAAAAAGAUUUGGGUGAUGGCGUUCUGCAUAACAUCUGUGUUCACGGUCACACUCUCUGUCUUCCCCGCCGUCACAGUGGACGUGAAGACCGUUUACGAGGGAAAGUGGGAAAAUUAUUUUAUCCCUGUGUGCUGUUUCCUGCUCUUUAAUGUGAUGGACUGGAUUGGAAGAUCCAUCACGUCUCGUGUGCGAUGGCCCUCUAAAGAGAGUCGGUUGUUUCCAGCGCUAGUGGUCUCCCGUGUGAUCUUCAUUCCUCUGCUGAUGUUCUGUAAUGUUCAGGAACGUCACUUCAUGCCUGUGCUCUUUGGCAACGACUGGUCCUUUGCCAUCAUCAUGGUUUUCUUCUCCGUGUCCAGCGGUUAUUGCGUCUGCCUGUCUAUGUCUUACGCACCACAGUUGGUGAAUCCACAAGAUGGAGAGACAGCAGGUGCUCUGAUGACGUUCUUCCUGGCACUGGGACUUUCUUUGGGAGCUGCUCUGUCUUUCUUGCUGCGAUUAAUCAUCUAGUCUAAUCCGCACACAUUUGAGGUGGCCAGGCCUGAUUUACGCGAUUGCUUCCUGUUGGAUCCUUCACCCACACCAUCUGAGAGGUGUGCUCCGUUACCAGGAAGCACUCGGGACAAAACGGGUUAAUCACUUUAUGCAGAAUAUUUUAGCAUUAUUUGUAAAAUAAUUUAGCGGAAGGACUGGAAGAAGAAGAAGAAAACUGGAUGUUGGCCAUUUUUAUUGCGAUCAUUUACUGUAGUUUAUAUGUUUUAUUUUCCAAAAGGUAAAGGGUCUUUGACAAUGACCGAACAAAAGUGAAUAGACAGAGCUUAUUCUUGAAAAAUAACCCUCAAUUCACUUUAUACCAAAUACUGCUAGAGUAGUUAAAUGAAAUUGAUUGGCUACUGAGUGGCAUAACAAAAAAGUGAUGGUGUUCUUCUCUCCUGUCAAAUUGUUGUGCUCUGCAGAAGAGGGUAGAUAGUGCCUUCCUUUGAGUGAGUUCAGGUGUCCUGUAAUAUGGAAUCAGCAGCAUUCUGGUGGCUAGAUUCAUGCAACCAUGAGGAAGCAAGUGCUAGCAUUCAUCAUCCCUAGUUGUUAGCGGUUACAUAACAGGCAGGAAAAUAGGCAGGGGGGAAAAAAACCCAAUAUACAAUUUUGCCACAGUAAUACAGGAGACACCUGAAAACUACUCUUUUUCCAUUUUAUUUAUUUUUCAGCUGAAGCAACAGUGGGUGGGUCGAUGGAUGAAUGGAUGGGAGAAAGAAAGGGAAUCGGCAUGGAUGGAUUUUUUUUUUUUGAAGGAUUGAUUUCAUAAUUUUUAUAUUUAAAGAUUUUGACUGCAGGACGUUUUAAAUAAUAUUGAUUUAAAAGGCUCUAGAGUCUUCUAGAACUGAUACAACAGCCAUGUACCUCCUUAUUAUGAUCAGAGAUUUCCGUUUGUAUGCUGGCAGGAAAUAAAGGGAAACCAGUGGUGGUUCCUUAACCAGCAGUGUAAAAAUAGAUGCUGGUUAUGUUAACUUGUAGCCAGUAAACAGUAGCUAAUCAGUAAUAACUAUAACCUCAGAAGCAUUCACAUUUCACACCUCGUUUCAUUUCUAUGUAAAAAGGGAAAAAUUAUCAUACUGUGGGGUUUUGGUUUUCCAGACCACGGAGGAAGAAAGGAAGAGAGAAAGGGAAGUUUUGUGCUUAUUAGUUAUAAGAAACUAUAUAUCACAUUUUAAGCCUGGUUCUCAAUGUACACACACACGCAUGUAGAAACAGUAGAUGAAGAACAUUUAGUAUAUUUCAUAAUGCUUCUGUUUUACAAGCCCAGAUCUGGCUAGAUAUUUAUUGGCUCAGUGUAAAACAUUUUGCAUACAUUUUAAGAUUUUGUUUAAGAUUUAUUAACACUUCGCUUUUUAUACAGAGAAUGACCGAAUUUUAAAACCAUUACCAAAUAUUAAAUAUAACAAAAGUGGAUUGUAAUGGAUUUUUUCUUUUUGGUCUACUUUGUACUUUAAAAUUCAUAUUCAGCAUAAACAUUUGUAACUGUACUCUAGUAGGGAAUAUGUUCUUAGAAUAAGGGAAAAAGUCAUUGCUUGGUUUAGAGAAAAUAUGUUUUCCACUGAGGAAUUGUUUUGACGCGUUUUUGAAGAUGGCGUGCAGCGACACACACUUGCGUGAACGUUCCGAGCAAGAUGUUUCCUCAAACGGUUUCCUAUUUUCUCUGCGCUUGAAUUUAAGGUGGAGUAAGUUACAGGCUUUUACUGAAGCUGUUUUUCAUCUCUGACAGCUCGUCUGUGAGGUCAUUACAGAGUGUUACGACAGCUCUGCGAUUUGGCCCUGUUUUAUUUCGACUGGUUAAAAAGGGAGCAUGAGAGCUGAGGAGGACUUUUCUCAUUUCUUUACAUGCUUUUCUGCUGAAUCUCUGUUUCCAUGGUAGCAUUUAGAAGUGUAGAGGGAUCUGUUAGCACUCAGCGCUGUGCUGCAAAGUCUGUGCGCUUGUGAAAGAGUAGUGUUUGGAGAGUAUAGGAAAACGUUUAAAGUCAUUUUGUUCUCACAGAUCCUGUCUAACAUGAAUUCGCCGACAGUUAAGAGUCAUCUUAUGUUAUUUUUAAGCAUUAGAAGUUUUUUUUUUUUUUAAAUUGCAGAAAAUUUCAGGGUUUUAAUCCCAGAUAUGCCUGUAAAUACUGACCUGACAAGUUCAGUUACCUCUUUUCUGUCAUUUAUUUUAUUGUUAUUUUUACUAUUCUAGUUAUGCAUUAUUAACCCUCCUAUUAUGUUAUUACACAUUUGAGAUAUUCUGGUUAAUCUCUCUUUUUCUCUGAACUUUUUUGACUUUCCUUUUAGGGUCAUGUGCUUAUAUAUGCAAAUAUGCCUUCUUAUGGCUUAUCUCAGACAAGGUUUACUGUUUGAAGCUGUCCUUUGCGUGUAUUUAAACUGUGGAAGUCAUUUUGACACGUAACAUAAUGGAGGUAACUUUUCCCCCACCAUAAUAGGAGGGUUAAAGAAGCCGUUUUUAAUGUUUAUAGGCCUUGGCUUUCUGGGAGGUGAAAUGUAUGUAACUGCAGUUAAAAACAUUGACAAAAUAUGAAUCUUUUGAAACUGCAUAUGCCCCAUGAGUGUUUUUUGUGGUAGGCGGAGCUAAUUUCUGGUCAGGAAAAUAGUGAAUCCACUACAUGACAGUAUUUGAAAUCAGUAUUUCUAGUUGUUUAAUAAACAUUACAAAUGGCAGCUUUUAAUUAUUCUUUUGUUUUUAAAUCACAAUCACUUAUUUCCUAACCUUUUUUUUUUUUCCUUUUACAGUUAGGGGUUGUCUAAUUUGACAGCUACAGUCCUCAUACAAUUUCACUUGUUCAUUAUUGUUUUUAAUCCAUUUUCUUCCCUUCCUUCUGUGUUUAAGCUUGAUCAAUUUAAGUACUUUAUUUUAUUAACUUGUGUUUUUUUGUUGUUGUUGUGAGUUUAAGAAUGCUGACAGGUUUGCUCUAAACUUUAAACGAGGUGAAAAUGAAAGGACUGGGGUUCUCCUAGACCUCUACUAUAACAUGAGUAUGCUGAACUGUAUUUUUGUCCAGGGAAUGAAUUUGUACUUUCCAAUCACUAUAUAGACAAGAGCCAUGUUUGUGGAAAGAGAUUUACCCUUUAAGCUAUACAUCAACGACAACCUGAUGGACUUGUUUCUUUCCCUUGUGCGAGCUAAAUUUGGAAGCUGUUUUCCUUUCCUCAGUUUAAAAGAUGUGGCAUUUUUGUUAUUGCUGAAAUAAAAUGUAUUUUUUAUUAAAUAAAUUUCUUGCCUGUUUUAUGAUGUGGCACCACAUAGAAUGAAGGAAUUUGAUCGGAGAUAACUUUUUUUAUUAUUAUUUAUCUCCAAGAAAAAAACAACUCAAUACUGGUUUUAGAAUUUUCUAUUUGCUAACAUUAAUUGCACCCCAAAGGUUAAUAUAUUCAUAACUCCCAAUAACUACUGAUGCAUGAGGCUAAAACAGUGUAUACAUACACACGUUAUUCAAUCAUUUCCCAUCAAUGUGAAAGUAAAGAAUUGGAAACGGCAUCUGUUGUAUUAGUAAAAGAAUAAAUAAAGUAAUAAAAAUAUGUUUCUAUACUGGAUAUUUACAGUAUUCAUCACGUAAAAGGUCACAGUGUGUAACGUAAGCCAGUGUUUUUAAAAUGAUCUUGUAUAAUUUAGUGUCCUAUGAGAGUAUGGUGAGCGUGAUGGUCCCUUUGUUUUUUUUAAAAAAAUACCAACAGCCUCCUCAUGCGUGACUCCCUCUGAACUCUGACCGUUGACUGCGACUAUCUGAUCCCCACGCUUUAGACGCCCAUACUCUGCGGCUGCACCCUACGCACACACAUACACGGAGUCAGUAUACAAAAAUAUAUAGGAUACACAAUUCUGAAUUUGUAAUAAAGACUUGUACCUUCCCAAACACUGUUUUUACAUGGAUGGGCAGGUCGCCAUGGGGACUGAGCUCUCUCUGUACAUUGCUGCAUUCAUGCUUUUCAUCUUGAAAAGCAUCCCCACAGCAUGAAGCUGCCACCACCAUGCUUCACUGUAGGGAUGGUAUUGGCCAGGUGAUGACUGGUGCCUGGUUUCCUCCAGACAUGACGCUUGCCAUUCAGGCCAUCAGACCACAGAAUUUUGUUUCUCAUGGUCUGAGAGUCCUUCAGGUGCCUUUUGGCAAACUCCAGGUGGGCUGUCAUGGACCUUUUACUGAGGAGUGGCUUCCAUCUGGCCACUCAACCAUACAGGCCUGAUUGGUGGAGUUCUGCAGAGACGGUUGUUCUUCUGGAAGGUUCUCCUCUCUCCACAGAGACACGCUGGAGCUCUGGCAGAGUGACCAUCGGGUUUUUGGUCACCUCCCUGACUAAGGCUCUUCUCCCCCGAUCGCUCACUUUGGCCGGGCGGCCGGCUCUAGGAAGAGUCCCGCUGGUUCCAAACUUCUUCCAUUUACAGAUGAUGGAGGCC